CUGGUGGAUGCGUCGUGCGAAACUCUUGACGAUCAAUCAGCCUUGAGUCCCUAAACACUCAAGCUGUUGCGUCAUAAAUUGCCUGGCUGUUCAGAUUUCCUUUGUUACUCAUGUUUUGAUUUGGUUAUAGACGAAAACAUGUGAUUUGCGUGCGCUAUUUGUGACUGGACUUUGAGGGAGGAGAUUUUACGAGCAUGUCAGGCACGCAUGCUGGAGGCCGACGGGCCGCAGCGCUAUCAGCUGCCGGACUGCUGGUCGUCGCAGCGAUUUCAGGGGCAGUUGAUCUUCAUUUCGAGAGCCCAGACAGCGGGUUUUUCUUGCGACCCGAGAGCAGCAGCAGUAACAGGGCUGGCAACAGAGCGGGCUACGGUGAGAUACUCGAGGGCCUAUCAGGCACAGGCGGAGUUCUAGACGUCGAAAGAUUUACGGUUCUUGAUGCAUCUCGGCCUGCCCUCAUCCGAGCCACAUACGGACCUUUCAGCACCAAACAAACUGUACCAGCUCGGUACGUGUUACCUCAAUUUCCAGACGAGGAGAAUAUUACAUUAACUCCUGGCGCUUUCACAAGCCCGCAAUUGGAAAUUUCUGCUCAUCUUGUCGUGAGCAAGGUUACGAGAGCACGGCCGUCGGUCCGAGUGCUGCUUCACGGCGCUGGUGCUCGAGGACAUCAUUCGCCGCACGUGUGCGUGACGGUCGUCGUAAGGAAAUCGGAUCAGAGGAUCUCCGCUUCUUGUACUCCUGUAGGUGCAGGAGAAACUGGCGGUGACGCUACAUGUCUCGUCACCCUCAGGGUCCCGAUGGCGUGGUGGCCGCCGCACACUCGCUCCACCAUUAAAAUCCCGCGCACUACAGUCGACGUGAGUUACCUCGUUGGCACCGCCGAAGGGCCCGAGCAAUGCGCUACUUUUGCCAACGACAACGACGAAACUUCAGUUCUCGGGAUCGGGCCCAGAGUGACUGUACAGCCGGAGACGCCCGUGGGAGAAGUGCUACUCGGUCUUGAAGAGUCAGGUUACGAAGAAGUAUCCAAAGAUCCACUCGUGCAUGUUCUCGUGCCACGGGCUCCUUUGCAUCCUGGUAACUCGUUCUACGCUCCUGUCUACCUUCACCCUCCGGGCAACCUGCCGGCACUCACUCUUGUCAUGAAAUGCCGCGUGCGAGGUGGGCUGCGCCUGGGCGGCGUGGAAGCAUCCAGCGGCGCCUGGAACGUGACGGUGGAGAUGCAGGGCGGCAAGAAGAACAAGGCCACCGUCACCGCCAUGCUGGCUAACCCCUUGCCUGACAAUGAGACGUUGCAUUCCCUCGGGCUGCACGAGGUGGCAGCGUGGGUGAUGGAGGUGCCGAAGGACGCGCCGGCGGGUGAGGCGCGCAUCACGUGGGCGGUGAAGUACGUCAUGGACGCGCACGGUCAGGAGACCUUCCCUGAGGGCAACACGCGGCGCGUCGCCGCCAAGCUGGUUAUCCUCAAGGACGAUAUCCAGGCUGUCCUGCCCAUCGCAAAAAGCUGGUCGAUCGUGAACACGGCGGUGCUGACGGGACGUCAGGUGUCGCGGGCGAUGAAGGUGCUGGUCGUGUCGCAGGCGGGCAAGGUCGCGGACGUGACGCUGCAGAGCUCCUGCAGCUGCACUGAUGAGGCCGCUCUCAAGGUGUCGGCGUCGUGCACGUCCGUGUACCUCGACGGGUCGGAGGUGCUGGGGUCCCACAACGCGACCGUCGUGGCCCGGUACGGUCAGCGCACGGGCUCGGCUGCCUUCACCGUCUGGAUGCCCGAGCUGCCCCUCCUCCUGCACGUCGACAACGCCAAGCUCUCCCAGAUCCGGGGCUGGAAAGCCCCGCUCACGUAUCCUCCUGGGCAUCCUUUUGUCACGAAGCCCAUUGAAGGCAACGAAGUGACCAUGCCUGAAGACGUUAAUUGUCGUAUACGGUACCAGCAGACGCAAAUACAGGUGUACGGCCGGUUCAUCGCAGUGGACAACAACAGCGGGCGGGAGUCUUACCUGCUGUCCCGGCAGGCGCAGGUACGCGUCACGGAGCUGGUGAGCCACUCCCUGCGCGUGGCGGACACGGGCGUCGUGCAGCUCACCGACACGGCACUCACCGGCAUCGCCCCCGGCAGAACUGAAGUCCAGGUUCUCUCGCCUAUCACGGGGCGCGUAAUCGGUAGCCGCGAGAUCAGGGUUGGCUCUGACAAGGUGUGGGUUACUCGCCUACACGCAGCCGUGAUCUCCGGCCUCACUCUGGCCCUGCAGCCUGAUGCCCACCUCCAGGACGGCUUUACGGCCAUAACAGCCGUCACGCCCGUACUCACCGCCAAGUACCAGGAGGGGCUGGUGGACGUGUGGGUGGAGUUGAGCGAAGGAUCCCUCCUGCCGCUCAGGGAGCUGCCCCCCGAACACUACGGCCUCAGAGUGCGCUCCUUGGACCCUAAAGUGGUCGAAGUGGCGCCCUCGCCCCGCACUUCGCAGCCACGAGUGAUCGCCAUCGGCGCGGGACACGGCGAUCUCAUACAGGUCAACUUAGAAGUUGCCGAGGAAUGUGAAAAAAGGCGAACUGUGUUGGCAUCCACCAUGGUGUACGUCAGCGUUGAGCUCAGUCCGUCCGCAUCUCCGGAUCCGUCAAACAAUACAGAAGAUAUUGCGCCUUCCAAGGAGCCGGGCGGAAAAGUCUACCACAAACCCGCUUUAUCGAAGCCUAGCAAGAACAUUCAUUAUCCUAUUGCGACUAAUACUGAACCAGCCGAGAAGAAACCCUUAUCGGAGGAGCUGCCUCAUGCUGAUGCAGCAGCUUCGUCGUACGACCACUACAUGGCAGGCGGCACCCACAACACGGCGAGGGAGGCAGCUCACCAUCGCUAUAGCAAAGGUCAUCCAGCGCCGCUGGAAGUGGGCAUGUACGUUCUGUUGUCCUUCUUCGGCAUCGCCGUCGUGGUGUUCGCAGCCUCGUGCAUAGUGUACAGCUGGAGGGGUAACGUUACCCGACGACCUCCUCCUCCGAGCCCCAUGAGCACCACCGACGAAGAAGAACUCACUGACUCCAUCACCAAUGCUCAUGAUUGGGUGUGGUUGGGACGUGCAACACUGGAACGAGCAUCUGGCAUGGGUCAUCCGACACGAGGUGGACCUGAAUUUGUGAAUCUUAGUGACCUGAAUGGCAACAACCAGCAAAACCAGCAGCAACCAGCAAGUGAUUCGGCAUGGCAAAAUGCAAGAUUUACCACCAACCCCCUCGGCAUGAAUGACGAUUUGAACUCUAGUGGUUCAUGCUCUCUUUCCACUGAGACUGAUCCUCUAAUAUCUGAAUGUCCUCCCAUAGGCGCGACAUUCACCCGAGACAGUAAAGGCCGACGGCGAGUAACUUUCAAUAAUCUGAGUGCCAGUAGCAGAAACUCGGUUUUGAACAGGCCUCCCAUUCCUCCACAUCGAAACAUUGGUGUCAACGCUGCCACCAAUGCCAAUUUGCCAGCUGAAAUGCCUCCUCCGGUUCCUCCACAUGGAGUCAAUAUAAUUGCUAAUCCAAUCUCGAACCACAAGCCAACGAGUAAGAAGAACAAGCAAAAUGCAUUCUUUGAUCAGCCAAAAUUUGUGGAAGUGAAUGCUGACGACUUCGUUCGACUUCGAGGCGUGACUCGUGGUCGAGCUGGACAGAUUCGACGCGCUACCAUUCUCGAAAAUCCUCUUCUCUCUGCAGGCGCUGUUGCUCCAGAUCAAGAGAACGAACCGUUGCCCUCACAAAUGAUGGAUUACGAACAGCUGCUUUCAUAUUUCUCUGCACUAAAAGAAUCUAAUGCCUGAAGAAAACCCUCUCACAGUACUGAUGACGACCUAGAUGUCAAAAAGCCAUAGAAAUUAUCCCGAAGUGUCCAUUACUGUAUAACAAGACUAAUUUUAAGUUAUUUCGUUGUAGUUGAACAAGAUGCACAAUUGUUUAGGGAAUGAAGGCGAGCAAUUUUGUCGGUCGGGAGAGGGAAUCCUAAUACGUUAUCUUUUGUAGCUUUAGAGAAUGUCUCCAGUUUAAUUAUGAUAAGGUGCUGUCGCUAUAUUGUAUAAAAGUUGGCUGGUUUGCCGCUGUAGUAUCUGAAAAUAAUACGCUGGCUACCAUUAGCUUCUUAAAUGAUUUUGUAUUUAAAAAAUCAUAUUUUUUUAUGAACUUCGUUACAUUCCACUAUAGUGUUGCUAUUUGGUAGAACUGUUGUUUCCGCAGUGCCACUCUAGUUGACUUCUAUCAUUGAGAUUUUGAAUUUAUUUGCUGACAAUGUAGAUGUUUGAAAAUGACCCAGUGAUGGAAUUGCUUGGCCUCUUCCGAACAUGAAAAUUUGUUCCCGCCGUGUGUGAAAAUGAAACAAGCUUUUGCUGUCGAGCUUCCGUUUAAACACUUUUGAUGUAUGAUAAAUAAUGACUUCUCGUAUAUGGCUGAAAAAUUAUUAUGGCUGAAAAAUUAUUGCAAUAUAUAAUUUAUUUGU